AUGGAGAUUCGAACCGGAGGCGCCCCAGUGACCGAGACGUCAGAGUUACCCGAGUCGCGGCCACAACCCACCUCUGCGCGGAAACGCGUCCGCCGCUGGCACCAUCGAGGUUUCACCGGCUGCUCAACUUGCCGUCGCCGCCAUGUUCGCUGUGAUGAGGCCUCGCCCAUAUGCAAUAACUGCACCCGCUUGGGGCUCGAGUGUGAUGGGACACAAGGGCGGAUGACGUUCAAGGUCUACGGGCCGUCCCAGACCCAGGAAUCACCCAAGCCGCCGCGGGGGAGAAACAAGACAGCCAGCCCAGACUCCUGUGGUGCAUCGUCUACGGGGUCACUGGCCGUGAAGAAGGAGGACCGGAAAGGUUCAUGGCAGGCCGUGGUGGUGUCACCGACCACAGUACCGCAACCACAACAACAACAACAACAACAACCGAUCUUCUUUCGCUUCCAGGAACCCUUGGGCCCGGCCAACCUAGCGAAUUUGCAAUGUACCGAUGAGCUCUAUUUCACACACUUCAUCGACCAAGUGUCCACUCUCCUCAUCAUUUACGACAGCCCCAUCAACGCAAACCCGUACCGCAGUUACUUUCCCGACUUUGCUCGCUCGUCCCCGUCGAUGGUGGGUGCCAUGCAGGCCUUGGGCGCGUUACAUUUGGCAAAUACAUCGGUCGGACCGCAGCGAAAUAAACAUUUCCAGAAGGCGAUGGGCAAAUACGGGCAGGUUGUGCAGAUGUUCAGGGCUCGGUAUGCUGCACCGAAGCGGCAACUCGGGAUGACGGACUUUGCGACGUGUCUACUGCUGUGUCUGUUCGAGAUGAUGGACUCCCAACACCUGAACUGGGCUGUACAUCUGAAAGGAGCCCGCGAGAUCUAUAACCUCCUCUUCUAUCCACAUACCGGCAGCUCCGAACGCGAGGUUCAACGAGUCGCCGACACAAAUCACCCUCUUCGAUCAUUCCUUGUAUCGUUACUAUCUUAUCUCGAUGUUGCCGGCGCAUGUGCCACACCCGGUGGCACCGUGGUUGAUGGCAGUUACUGGAAGACCCUCGGGGGCGGAUGGGAGUACAAUCUCGGCACUCCGAGCCUGUCAGGUAUCCACGAUGAUCCAACUUUAGUAGAGUUGCGGUCGGCGUGGUCUGGCAUGAUGGAGGUCCAGGCAGCCAUCAGCACUCUCGCUCGCGACAAGCAGUGGAUGUCUCCAGAGCAGCAGGAUAUGGUGUACAAGGAAAUCUUCAACCGGCUGGUGGUCUGGCGUGCCAGCACGCCGGUCAGUUUGCAGCUUCUCGGAGAUAUGGAGUUGGAUGAUGAGACCCUUGACCGAUUCCCGUUCCUCGACAUGCUAGAGUACGUGGGAUGCAUCGAGGCCUACGAAAAGGCAACAUUUGUGCACCUGCAUCAGGUAGCCGGAGCCGGUCGAUCAGGCUGGAUCACCGAUCGAGCCUAUUUGGACAUGCUCAUCACUCGCAUUUUGACAUUGAUCCGCAAGCUGUCCAAGGACGUGGGUCAGUUGGCAGUGCUAUGGCCUCUUUUCAUAGCCGGCCAGGAAACCCGAAAGGAAGAAGAGCAGCAGUACGUUCGUCAGACGAUGCAAGAACUCAAGCGGUUCGGAUUCCGAAAUGUCGACAAAGGCCUCGAGCUACUCGAAAGCGUGUGGUUUAAGCGACGCACCUUUCCCCAGGGGUGGACCGAGACGCUGGAUGAAAUUCAGUCUAAUAUUCUCCUGCCCUGA